AUGGUAUCGAGCUUUGUAACGAGAACUCUUCCCUUGACUGGGUUGAGACUCUGCGAAUUUGCUGCAUCUGUUAUUGUAAUGUCACUUUUAUCAUUCGCAAUUCAUGAGUUUGGAUUCCAUGGAAGUAAAAAAUUAACUACGGGUUGGCUGUUGGUGUUAUCUCGGUUUUUUAUUUUGCUUGCCGUUAUCAUAGGCUCAUUGGUGACUCCUGGUUUAGUUAUGGCAGGGCUACUAUUGAUUGGAGAAUUCAUAAUGGCAGGCUUAUGGAUUUCUGCUUUCAUAGUAAUUGCCGAUUCAGUUGGUAAGAAUGGCUGUAGCAAUAAACAAUCGUCUACGUACAAUCCUAAUUAUGGAUCUAUGGGUGAUUAUGGAAUGUCAGGUGGCACUUACAAUGAAUUUACAGGUCAAUACGGUAAUCAAAGUAGCGGCCGUGCCUGUAACUCUAUUAAGACAUCCGUCGCCUUUGCUGGUUUGGCCGCUGUUUUGUUUAUUAUUAGCUUAAUUCUAGUAAUCGUCAAUAUUGUUGUUCCUGUUGGUAGAAACUACGGAGGAGCAGGAUUAUUUAAAACUGGUUCUUCUAUGAAUUCAAAGGUCCAUCGUUCUAGUGCUCUGACCUUAUCGGAACCAAUUGAGAAAACGUACGCUUAUGAGACAGGUGCUGGCGUCCCACAGGCAGGUACGGAACAAAGAGUAGCCGAAGACGGUGUUGCAACUAAUCAAGUUGGCAACAAUGUACCUGUGACAACUGCUGAUCAACACACAUUCUCAACCGGCGCUUCAUCCAAUGAUGCUUUUAUUCAAGAGAAGAACACUGGCAUAGACGCUGCCAAUGCAGCCCAUAGGGCAGCAUCAGGUGGAACUACUGUGAACCAACCAAAUGUAUAG